AAGUUUUAAGGCUCUGUCACCCAUCUUUACCUGCCGGCUGCGCCGUAUGUUUCAGAUCGAUGGGCUGGAGGAGAAGCUGUCGCAGUGUCGCAGAGACCUGGAGGCUGUAAACUCCAGGCUCUGUGGGGCGGAGCUGAGCCCAGAGGCCAGGAAGUCUCUGGAGAAGGAGAAAAACCACCUGAUGAGCAAAGCCUCCAACUACGAGAAGGAGCUAAAGUUGCUUCGGCAGGAGAACCGGAAAAACAUGCUCCUGUCUGUGGCCAUCUUCAUUCUCCUGACCCUCAUCUACACCUACUGGACCAUGUGAGCCUGAGAUUUCUCCAGUCUGCACAGGCUUCCCCUUGGCCCCCUGGUCACCACCAACCAGGCCAUAAGCCUCAAGACAACCAAGGUACAGGAGCAUUUCUCCCCAACCCAGACACUGG